CAAGCCAUCCGAGCUAUUCACAGUACUUCAUUACUAUCAGAGCAAUGGCACCUGCAGCAGCCAACUAUUAUUCCGCUCCUCCACAUGCCCACCAGAAGCAACGUGGUUAUCGCAUCUGCGAUACCUGCGGUGCAGUUGAGAACCCAAACGCGCAGAAGUUCCGACUCUGCGGUGGUUGCAUGACCACCCAGUACUGUUCACCCGAGUGUCAAAAGUCGCACUGGCCUUCUCACAAGGCUAUCUGCCAACAUACCGCUGCUCAGAUGAUAGGAGCAAAGCAGCAGGCCAUCGGGCCUGCUUAUCCUGAUGAAAACUUGGCGAAGUAUCUUCGCAAGUUUACUUCAACACACUCUUCACUUCUCGGAUGGGCCGGCUUCCAAGCCCUUCAAUUAAAGCGCCUACCUGCCAAUAUCCGGCAAAGUGCGCUGCUUAUCGAGCUGAGCUACAACCCUCACGCCGAAUCAUUAUACCGUUUCUCAGUAGCAAAUACGCAUAUCGUCUCUCGGACACAUGUGACCAGUCAUGAUCCCCUUGUUGCGGCUGAUAUUAGCCGGCGAGAAGAACGCUGUCGCCGGAGUGGGGGAAUUGGAACCCUUGUUAUACUCGUACAAUGUGGUGGCAUAAGCCAAGUUAUGCCCGUGGAAGUCGACCCACCCAGUAAAAUCUCGUGGGAUUCGCGAGACGAUUGGGCGGAAGUACUUCGUCAUUUCGUUGAAUCUGGACGAACAGAUUUCAAACCUAUAUCCACGACCGCCAGGGGGGUCGUUUAUGUGUAAUUUGACAUCAUCGCCUUCGUACUUAUGACCAUUCUUUGCAACGUGGAUCGUUGCAUGACCAGCAUUUUUUUUCGUUCGCUGCAUCGUGUUCGGACAAUUUGUACUAUUUGCGUCGCACUCAUUACAACUCACCAUACCCCACUUUUCAUGUUAUGUUGUAAUUGUACUGCAUAUCGAUUUAAUGGAUAUGAAUCAAUACAAGCCCCCACACCACCGGAACUGUACAGCCUGCUU